GCAGUACGCACGCUCUCCUCCUAAUCUUCUUAAGUAGAAGACGAGGUAGCUGCCUGCGGCCUACCUCACUCACUCACCCAACCGCGCGCCGGCCCGCUCCCGCACUACACCCAGAGGCUUCCUCCCACCGGACGCAGGAUCGCGACCGCCUAGCUACCCGGAGCUUGGAUAAUUCUUACGACUCAGACCCUGCCUGAGCUCUCCGGUGGUUCUUCCUUCCAGCAUCGAUCUGCUUCUUGGGCGAUCUUGGUAGGGGCUAGCUAAUGGAGGCGGCAUUGGUUCUGGUGGUGGCGGUGCUCCUUGGGUCCCCAGCUCUUGUUGCCUCAGAUUUCUGCGUGUGCCGGUCGGAGCAGCCGACGGCGGUGCUGCAGAAGGCGAUCGACUACGCCUGCGGGCAGGGCGCGGACUGCACGGCCAUCGCGCAGAGCGGGGCGUGCUACAGCCCCGACGAGGUCGCCUCGCACUGCUCCUGGGCCGCCAACAGCUACUUCCAGAAGUUCAGGUCCUCCGGCGCCACCUGCGACUUCACCGGCGCCGCCACCCUCUCCUCCACCGACCCCAGUUUCUCCGGGUGCACGUUCCCUUCCAGUGCCAGCGCCGCCGGCACCGCGACGGGCACCGGGACAGCCACCACGGGUACCGGGACAACCACGGGCACUGGGACGGCGACUACGGGCACCGGGACAACCACGGCGGGCACCUUCAGCCCCGGGAUGGGCACCGGCUUCAACAGCACCGGGUUCAGCCCGACGACCGGGAGCAUGGACGGCACCGCCGCGGCGGCCGGCUUGCUUCCGUCGAUGAGACUGGCGGCCUCCAUCGCCGUCCUCCUCCUCUCCUACUUGGCACUGCCCUGAACUCUCUCCGUCUGUCCGUCUCCUCUCAUGGCAGAACACAUUAGCAGUUAGCUUCAGUGGCCUUCUGGUCUGGCCUGCCAGAAGCAAGCUGAGAGUGUGGAUUUGUCUAAUGGAAUCAGUCGAUCUGGAGAGUUGAUCGUCGUUAUUGUUCCCUAGUGUCAUGGGCUGGUUAGCUGGGGGUGUCAUUUUGGCUCUAGUUUAAUUUUAAUUUAUCUAUGGCCUCCCACAGGCUGGAGGAGUGGUGUAUGAUUCGGUAGGAUGGCUGUCUCUUUCCCGCUGCAAGGACCCUUGUCUUCCUUGUCUGUUUUUAUACUGUUGGCCUCUCUUAAUUUUAAGCAUUUUUUGCUUGUGAA